AUGCUAAGUGUUUUGGAAGGCCUAUUCAUUUUUGUAGCAGCAAGUGAAUCGGUUCUGGGGGUCUUAGGGGAUGGAUUCAUUGGAACUGUAUAUUUCAUUGAGUUUGUGAAGAACAAAAAGGUCUCCAUGAUUGGCUUUAUUCUCACUGGCUUAGCUAUUUCCAGAAUUUGUCUGAUACUGUUGAUCAUUAUCGAUGGAUUUAACAAGAUCUUCUUUCCAGAUAUGUAUGCCUCCAGUACCCUAAUUGACCAUAUUAGUUACGGGUGGACAAUUAUCAAUCAAUCCAGUGUCUGGUUUGCCACCAGCCUCAGUAUGUUCUAUUUCCUAAAGAUAGCAAAUUUUUCCCAGCGUGUUUUCCUCUGGCUGAAAAGUCGGACCAAUAAGGUUCUUCCCCUUCUGAUGGGAUCUUUGCUUAUUUCAUGGUUAAUUACUUUUCCACAAGUCAUAAAGGUUAUUAAUGAUAAUAGAAUGAAGAAGGUGAACACAACCUGGCAGUUCAGUGAGGAGGCUAGAAAUCAGUUCCUUACCAAUCAAUUCUUAUUCAGCCUGGGAGUUUUUGUCUUCUUUCUCCUCACCUUGAUCACAAGCUUCUUGUUGAUCAUUUCCCUCUGGAAGCACCGUAGACAGAUGCAGCUGAAUAUCACAAGAUUCAGAGACCCCAGCACUGAAGCACAUAUGAAAGCCAUGAAAAUUUUAAUCUCUUUCAUCAUCCUCUUUAUCUUGUAUUUUAUAGGCAUUACCAUCGAAAUUUUAUGCUCUACAGUAACACGAAACAAAUUGUUGUUUCUUUUUGGCUUGUCAACCACAACAAUCUAUCCAUGGGGUCACUCAUUGAUCUUAAUUCUAGGAAACAGCACGUUAAAGCAAUAUUUUUUAAGGGCACUGCAGCAAUUUAAGCGUCAUGAGCAAGAGAAUCCUUCUAGAACCCAAUAG